AUGAGAAACAUUAAGGAAGCAUGGUUCCCGAGGCCAAUCAGAUCUGAUCCCAGCCAGAAGGAUCCUAACUUAUGGUGCAAAUAUCAUGGAACUCAUGAUCACAGAACUGGAGAUUGUCGACAUCUAUGCGGGGAGGUGGUAACAUUACUGAAGAACGGCCAUCUCAGGGAGUUCUUGAGCGACCGGGCCAAGAACGAUUACGGUCGCAGCCGAGACAAUAUAGAAUCCUCAAAGAUAGGGGAGGACCCUCAUCGACUACCUAUCAACAUGAUUUUCGAGGGGAAUGAGAUCAACGAUGUAACUUUCUCGGCAGCUGAGAAGACAAAGGUAUCGGUGACUCACAGCAAGAGACUCCGGGAAGUUUUCGAAGACAACAUCACCUUUAUGGAAGAAGACGCCGAUGGGUUUCUUCUGUCGUACAACGAUGCCCUAUUAAUUUCUUUUAAUGUUCUAGAUUUCAAGAUUAAACGUGUUUUAGUUGACCUAGGAAGUUCAACCAACAUCAUUCAAUGGGGAGUACUGGAACAAGCCAAAUUAAUUGGAAGCAUCAUUCCGGCAACAAAGCUCCUCGCUGGGUUCAACUUAGUGAGUAUGACAACCUGA